UUCAAAUUUUUCUUACUGGUUGCAUCACUGUGCUCCUCUGGUCUCGGUUUAAGUACCGUUGGAUGAAAAUUUGAACCAGAGAAUUUUCUGUUUAAAUUGUAAUUUAAAGUGUAAUGAUCUGGUUCUUUCAUCUUCUAUUUUCCAGAUUUUCUUGAUCGAAUAGAAGGAUUUGGAUAUCGCAUCCUUUUUAUGCUGAAAUUAGUAUUAUGUGAUAUUCCCGUGAUUCUUGAACUUAUUAAUGAGAGCGAUUGCAUAAAAGAAAGAAAGAAAGUGUUCAGUUGAUGUUGCUGUGGAACAUGAUGGAUGAAAGGAAGUUGAACAUUGAUGCUCCUCUUAUGUCGGUGAGACGCUCUUUUGGUACACCUCCAUCCUUAACUGAAACAACUAGAAGGAUGUUAGAGAAGCCACAAACACUUCCACUCUGUGAAUCAGACACCACUUUGGAUCAGGUAACAGACCCUGUUGCAGUGCCUUUCAACUGGGAGCAUAUUCCUGGAAGGUCGAAGGAUUAUGAUGGAUCUGAACUUCAACCUCCUGAACAGGCUUCAAUUGUCCCAACCCCAGCUCUUCCUCCUGGAAAGUCCACAAAUCAUGCCAAACGAUCAUUGAAAAAGGACACUAAUGUUGCAAAUAACUUUAGAUCCCCAAACACAUCAAAUUCUUUUAGUGAGAAAAUACAAUGGGACAGAGAAGGUAAAAAUGUGAAAACAGAAAAGGUGGAAGAUAACGAUGACUAUGAUAAUGAUGACGAUGUUUUUUCUGAUGCCCUUGAAACACUAUCACCUACUGAGCCAUUGUCCAUGAAUUGUAGUGUAAGUGGUGUUAGUGGCUUAGAUAAUUUGGAUUCAAAUAUGUGUGGAGCCUCUUCUACCGAUAAACAAGCUCAUGAUUUCAUGAUGAGCCGGUUUUUACAUGCAGCAAAGGCUGUGACAAUCCAGCCUCCUCAAUAUAUUUCUUCUAGAAAACAAUCUGUUCUUGAAGAACAACCUAGGGAGUUCAUCAAAUUGGUUCCUGAGCAAAAGAAGUCAUUUGUUAAUAGAUAUAUCACCGACAUUGUACCAUAUAAUGGUCAAUGUCAAGAAGAUGAGGAAGAGGAAAGUGGAGAUGAAACUAAUGAUUAUGCAAAUAUUUCAGCUAAAGGUUGCGGAUUGCUUCCUCGAUUAUGUGUUAGAAAUUCAUUGUGCAUGCUAAAUCCAGUGACCGGGACAAAAAUGGGGAAUCAGUUAUCAUUGUAUUCUGCCUAUGAGGUUGGAAAACCUGAUAAAAGUUCUCAUAUUCGCUCUCACAGACCAGCUCCAGUUAUAAAGAAGGCUUGGGAUGCUAUUAAUAUGAGGAAAUCAAGCUCAAGAGCUGCAUCACCCAAUAAGCAGGAUCUAAGGAAAAAAUGGACCAGUGAAUCAAGCAGGUAUACUUACUCUGGCGAAAUGAAACAGUUGGAUAAGCUCUCUCCCUUUCGUCGUUCAAGAGCUGCUAGUGCUACUGACAUAUCUCCUUUUCCAAGUAAAUCUCAAUCUCUCCUUCCUGGAGUGAAAUCGUUCGGUGAUUCCAAACAAGCUAAUAGUAAUCUUUCUGACAAAUUAAAAUAUCCUAGCAGAGGAUCUGCAAGUAUUCAAGACAUGCUAUCACAAGGAGCCAAAAGAAGCUCAAGUUCUGGGAGCUUUACUGUUGAAAAGACACUGUACAUAGAUACUGCGAGUACUCUAAAAUCGUCAUGCUCUAGUUCACGUUCACUAGGAAGCGCGACAGUGGCAGGAAAAGAAAGAAAUUCCUUACUAGAUUCUUUUCGAGAUACUAAACAUCUACAUGCUUUGGACGAGAAUUUGGGUUCUCAAGAGUUGAAUUCUGUGGAUGUCAAUUCUUCAACUUUACCAAGAAUGGUAUAUCUCAUGGCCAAAGAAGAUAAAGCUGAAAGAAUGACAGCUGAUCAAGAAAUUAAUCAAGAAUCCACGUCCUUGCAACUUGUGCCAGGUUCAUUUGACAAAGAUGCAGAGAUCAACAACCAACAAAUUGUAGCAAUUGAUGAUCAAGGAAAUGUUGGCACCGAAUACGUUCUGCAUCCUCUUGCCCCUCCAUUGCCAAAGUCACCUUCUGAGUCCUGGCUUUGUCGUGCCCUGCCUCUAGUUUCUUCUAAGAAUUCAUUCCCUCAUAAAAAUCAAGGUACACAAUCCAAGUCUAAAAGACAGGGUUUUAGUAGAGCAUCAAGCUAUACUAAGUGGGAAACAAUAGUGAAAACUUCGAACGUGAAUCAUGAUCAAGUAACCUGUUCUAAGGAACUAGUCGUGUAUAGAUCUCAUCAUUCGAAAUCUUAGGCGUGGAACGCUGGCGUUUAUACCAUGUUAUGAUCCAAAGCUUUUUAUGACCUUUAUUUUUUCAGCCUCAUGGGAUUUGGUUCUCCUCCUAUUGCUUGUUUGCAUGACAGCAUAGAUUUUGCACAGGAAUUAAUAUAACUUUUGGUGAUAAAUAAAAGCAAACAAAGCUUCUUUGGACUAGUGGUACUUUAGGUGAAUUCAAAAUUUGAUAAGCAACCUCCAGAGGUUCAUUCGCACUACUGUAGUGUCUUCCUUGUGGUUCUUCCUGAGAGCUUGCUCAGACUAACGAACCUUUGGUUUUUUUUAUCUGAGCCAAUCUUAAAACCGGUAUUUUAUAUAAGGGAAUGUAUAUAUAUAAAUUACAUUAGUCAUUGCUGUUAUUGAUGUUGA